ACGCCAUGUUGCCUCUGCUCGUUUUGAUGCUGUGCCUGAAUGCAGCCCUGUCGGCCAUGACCUCUGACCCAACGCUGGAUCAGCACUGGGAGCUGUGGAAGAACCGCUACAGUAAAACCUACAAUCAGAGAGAGGAGGGCUGGAGGCGAACGGUGUGGGAGAAAAACCUGAGGAAGAUCGAGCUGCACAACCUGGAGCACUCCAUGGGGGAACACUCCUUCACCCUGGGGAUGAACCACUUUGGGGACUUGACUAACGAGGAGUUCAGGCAGAUGAUGAACGGCUACAAACCCAGAGCAGAGAAGAAGGUCAAGAGGUCGUUGUUCACAAAGCCCAACUUCCUGAAUGUCCCGUCGUCUGUGGACUGGAGGGAGAGCGGCUACGUCACACCUGUCAAGAACCAGGGCGGGUGUGGCUCCUGCUGGGCUUUCAGUGCCACCGGGGCCAUGGAGGGCCAGCUCUACAGAAUGACCAGCAGACUUGAGUCUCUGAGUGAGCAGAACCUGGUGGACUGUUCUGGACCUGAGGGGAACGAAGGCUGCAACGGUGGGUGGAUGAACAGAGCCUUUCAGUACGUUAUGGACAACGGAGGUCUGGACUCAGAGUCUUCCUACCCGUACACGGGAGAGGACAUGCCAUGCAGCUAUAAUCCAGGUUACAGCGCCAUCAACCUGACAGGAUACGUUAACGUUGUCAGUGGCAGCGAGGAAUCUCUGAUGGAGGCCGUGGGCUCCGUGGGGCCAGUUUCUGUUGCCAUUGACGCCGGUCAUAUAUCUUUCCAGUUUUACCAGUCAGGCAUCUACAGUGAACCGGACUGCAGCAGCGAGGCCCUGGACCACGGCGUGCUGGUGGUGGGUUAUGGCACAGUGCAAAACCUUCUUUCUGAAGAAAAUUACUGGAUCGUCAAGAACAGCUGGAGCUCAAGCUGGGGUGACGGCGGCUACAUCUACAUGUCUAAAGACAACGACAACAACUGCGGCAUCGCCACGGCAGCCAGCUAUCCUGAGCUCUGAUGAGCAUCCUCACAUCGGAGGACGCUGCACCGCUGGUCUGUUUUCUCAGCCUGAACGUGGAAAAUACAUAAAGAAAGUUUAUAAAAUCUUUAAUGAGGAGAAGAAGUACGUGAUGAUUGGGGUUUUGUUUAUUUGGUUUUACUGACUGAUAUUUCUUUACUUGUUUUCAAAGUUAUUAAUUGUACAUUUGAGCAUGAUUUUUCCUAUUCUCACUUAUUUCUUUCUUUUUUAUGUCAUCAAUAAAAGUUGUAAACAUGCCCAAACUGACGUUUUUUGAUCCAUUGUUGUUUUUAUUAAAACAGACAUAUCAGCUUUGUUCAUCAUGGCAUAUGAUGAACAAACCUCCAUUUAUCCUGAUUAGAAAACACAUCAGCUUCUCGUUGUUCUGGUUCGGUUCGUGUCAGAAACAGUCCUAGGAUCUUAUUUUGAAACAACUUCCUGAAAUCCAACACCGGAGUCCAACACGCCUUGGCACCAAAUUUUACUAAAGCGGGAAACAAACAUGCAUAAUUGUUAAAGCUGUAAGUGACGUAGCAAAAUGGAAAAUUAAACAAUGAGACAGAAGAACGAAACUAAAGCAGCAGAUUAAUAAACAAGAUGCAUCAUCUGACCAGGUAACUAAGUGACUGUCUGAUUUUUCUGUGCAAUUCAAAAGGCAGGAAUGGUUUGUUUUUGUGUGAGUUUGUACUUGUUAAAAAGCAGAAAUCAUAACAGUUGAUAAACAGAAAGGCUUACGUUCAAACCGGUAAAUUGAGCUCACUGUCUCAAUAACAGUACAUUACAAUGUUUGAGUAAUCUACCCGCCUCUGGGCUGUACCAAGAUCAGUUUCAGUGAUAUUUACUGUAGUAUUUACUGCGGAACUAGCAAAAUUAGCUUAGCUAAUGUAGCUUUUAGCUGCGCUCCGUGAAGCUCCUCCAUGUUUUGCGCCCUCUUCCUGCACAAAAAUACACAUUUUCUCUUUUUGUUCAUCUCGAAGCCAGUUUCAUUUUUGCGGUGCGCUCGCCAACCAAGAUGGCGCUGAUCACUUCCGGUUCAAACUUGGGCUACAGUAUGUGUAUUUUUUUUCAAGUACGUGUAAAUCAGUGAGAUUUAUAAGGAUUUUUCCAAAAUAAAGUGGUUAGUUUUGCAAAGGUAAUAUAAGGCUGUCUUUUAUGUCUACCAUUCAGUUUCUUAUAAAUGAUUAGUUAAAAUCAAAUUGAUCAACAUAAUAUUGAAUGUUAGUUUUUUUAUCUAUUGAGAGAUAUGUGUGAGCUUAUCACUUAAUAUCAAGGUUACUGUACCUUGUUAUUUACUCGUAUGUGUUUUUAAUUUUUGUUGUUUGCUAUGCUGGGACAAACAAAUUUUCUGUCCCUCUGUCUCUGUCCAUCCAUCCGUCUCUGUCUGUCAUCAGUAGUACAGAGUGUGUUUUAUAAAUGGUUGCAACAAAAAU